UGAUAAACUUAUUAAAUAGACAGCUCGUUGCAUGAGACUGCUGCGUAUGGUCAUGGGGAGAUCGAUGCCAAUGCCGACCGCUGAGACAGCGAUGAAAGGAUCUGACGUGGUUCUGAAAGUGGCUUCCAAACACGCUGUGAAUGGGAACCCAACUAGGGAACCAUUCGAUCCCACGUUUCACUUGAUGGUAUUUGGUCUGGGUUGUUUCUGGGGCGCCGAGCGCGUCUUCUGGAAGAAGUCUGGAGUGUUUUCCACUCAAGUGGGGUAUGCUGGAGGGUUCACUAAGAAUCCCACCUAUGAGCAGGUGUGUACUGGCAAUACUGGACACAAUGAAGUGGUGCGUGUGGUCUAUGACCCCAACGAGGUGGCGCUGAGUGACUUGCUGAAGAUAUUCUGGGAGGCACAUGACCCUACUCAAGGAAUGAGACAGGGCAAUGACGUGGGAACUCAGUACAGAAGUGGUCUCUACUAUACGAGAGAAGACCAGAAGCCGCUGUUGGAGAAGUCCAAGGAGGUCUACCAGAACCUGCUCUCGAAGCCCAUCACCACUGAGAUCCUGCCUGCGGGUCCCUUCUACUACGCCGAGGACUACCACCAACAAUACCUGCAUAAAAACCCAGGAGGUUACUGCUCGAUGAGAGGCACUGGGGUCGCAUGUCCCAAAGUUGAGCUCUGAUUGGUCACCUGAUGGCCACAAAUGAGCGCUGGAUUACAAUAGAAUAUCACUUUGAAAACAUUUUUUGAUAUUUCGGGAAUCUAAUACUGCACUUUGAAAGUGCUACUCAUUUUCCGUUACACGCUACUCCAAACUGGUCUCAAAACAGAUUAACCCAUUUUUUAUUAAACGACUCAAUGUCAUUAUCCGAGAGAGCUCUUCUAUGGCGUUUGUACGGACAUACUAUUGUAAUCGAUCGCCCAUAAAUGAUAACAAGGACUCGUAAUAACCAGUUAAACACCACGUUCACACGUGGUAUAUAUAAAUUUUAUUUUAAAUGUCAUCUUUAAGUUGGAUGUACGUAGAGAGUAUUUGAAUGUAGUUAGAACCACAAACUGAUUGUGAAACGAAACAUGUUACCUGGUAAUAAAUGUUUUGUUUUGAA